UGGGAGGCGAGGCGUGGGCGCGACGCAGACCCGGGCUUCUGGUCCCGGGAUGGAAGUGGGGAGCAGGGGGUGCGCCGAGACGGGCCCCCGCCGGUCCGGCGCUCACAGGCCGCGGAGACCUAGCCGGGCCCGGGAGCAGCACCUCCACGUCUGUCCGCCCACCCACCAUUCCCGUCCGUCGCGAGUCCCGGAGCUGCGGUGGGGGAGGAGGGAGGGUGUCGUCUGCGUGGUCCGAGCACCGCGUGCUUGAGACCCUCGGGGGCCGUGUGCGCGCGGAAUCGACCUCUUCCUCCCUGCGGCCCGGUGUGCGCGUGUGUCCGAUUAUGAAUACGCGUCUUUUUCAAGAGUGGGUACGUGUGUCUGGGCUUCCAGUGUCCCGGGAGCCGUGAUCCUCCUUGGGUAUGUUUGUGUGUGUGAUUUCCCGCAGAUCCCAUCUGCGUUUCCGUGGGGCACACCAAGCGACCUGUGGGUGUUUGAUUGUGACUUUGUUGUGUGUGUCUGGGGCUCUGCGUGUGUGGCUGUGAUCCUUGGCGGUUGUGCUUGUAGUUUGCCUCUUCCAUCGGGAUGUGAGGGUAAGUUUCUGUUUCUGGCUGUUACUUGGCAAUGUAUACACACGUGUGUCUGUGACUGUCUGGUGGAUAUAUGUGUAAUGUCCCAUGCCAUCUGUGGCUCUGUGUGUAAAUAUAAAUGACCUAAGUGUGUCUGACUGACUUUAUAGUGUGUACACAUGUAAGUCUGAGGCUCUGCAUGUGUCGCCAUGACCCUCUGUGCCUGUGUGUGCCUGUAAUUUACCUCUGAAUCUGUUUGCUCUGUGUGCCAAUGUGUGUGGGGGUCCAUUUGCAACGUUCUUGUGUGUCUGGAGCUCUGCCAUUGUGGUUGUGAUCUCUGUAGUUGUGCCUAUAAUUUAUCUAUGAUCCUUCUAAGUGUAGGUGAAGUUCCUGUGUGUAUCCAUUUGUGACAUUCUAUAUGCCCGGGACUCUGCGUGUGCAACCGGGACCGUCUGUGGCUUUGGGUGUAUGAAGAGCUUGAGAGAGACCCCUAGUGCCUCUCUGUGGCCUGGGACCCUCCCUCCUGAGACCCUGGGUGUUCUCCGACUCUCUGGAGGCAAUGAUGGUAGCCGACCUCAUUCCCUUGGGACGUUUACAAAGCAUGUCCCAAACACUGUGCUGGUGAGGUGUGCCCAUGCCCCCGGCGCUGUUAUUCUCGGGUCCCUCAUGGCUCUAUGGGUGCUGGGGUUCUCUCUGUCAUAGUGACAGCAGCUGACACCUUUGCUUUGUCUCCCCCACACCCCCACGGUGAACAUCAUGAGUGCAGAGGGGUGCCCACCAACAUUUGUUGGCUGAAAGCGUGAUUUAGCUCUCCUGGGAUUGUGUUAACUGGGGCCCUGGAAAAUUGUGUGGCUUUCUUGGUGAUGGCGUGCAUGUCAUUUGCCUUCGACUCUUCUCUGAGAGUCUGUGUGCAUGUAAUUUAUCUGGGACUUUCCGUGGUUCUCUAUGUUUCCGUGACCCACAGCAGCAUUGUGUGAGGGUGUGUAUAUGUGUGUGUGGCUCUUCCGGGAUUUUGUUUGACUGUAAUGUAUCUGUAGUGCUAUGGCUGUGUGUGUGUAUAAUUAUUCUAGGAUUUUCUUUGUGUGUCUGGCACUGUCUGUAGCUCUGUGUGUGGCAGUAACAUGCCUAUGACUGCAUGUGUGUGUGUGUGUGUGAUUUCUUUGCAAUUCUAAGAGAAUGCAGUUUGCCUGAGACUAUCUCCACAUUUCCCCCUUAUGCACCCUGUGUCUGCCCUUCUCUGGCCAGCAGCGUCUCGGCCUGUUGCGGCCCAUCGUCCCGGAAGCCUGUGGCAGGAGCCCUAUUCUCUUCCGAGUCUCCACCCCUGCCCCAGUAACGGUCUUCCAGCCACUCAGGCUCCUCCCUCCCCUCCGCUGCAGACUGCCAGCACCCGGGCACUUCCUCUUUGCCCUGUUAAGGAAGGAGAGUUGGUGGUGCAGGCGCUGCCCCCAGACCUGUGGCUGCAGGAGGAUAGGGUAGGGGAAAGGUCUGCAUUUCAGCCUAGAGAGGUGAGAAGAUGAGGCAGGGAGGGGUGUAGUCACCACUACUUUGGAACCCUCCAUAGCUCCCUAGUGCCCUCAGGGUGAAGCCCAAACUACUGACCAGGGCCCACAUGUCCUGCAGGGUGGAUCUGUACCUUCCUUCCCUCUCUCCCCAGCCCCACUGGCCACCGUACUCUUCCUCAGACCUGCCGAGCCUGGAUUAGUUUUCUCUCGCCCUUUGCCCAGUUGACUUCUUGUCCUUCAGGGCUAGGCCUUCAGGGCCUAGCACGCGUGCCCUGCUCACGGAGGCCUUGCUGACCCUCGUUCCUCACCCCUUAUCCCCUCCUUGGUCUAUGUGAUCCUCACAUGGGAAUCUCCCAGGCCGCACCCCCAAUUUCUGAUUCAGUGGGUCUGAGAUCUGCAUUUCUAACAGCUUCCCGGGGGUGGUGAGGCCGCUAGCCCAGGGUCCAUCCCAAGCAGCACUGCUUCUUGCACUGACCAGUGUCUGAAAUCCUCCCUCUUCCUUUCUCUCUUCUCAGCGAUUGUCUGUGCCCCGACAGGCAAGGACUUGCUUCUGUUUAGCUCACUUCCGUGUCCCCACUGCCUGGCCCUGGGUGAUUCUCAGCAUGUAUUUAUAGGGUGGAUGCCUGAUAGGGGACAGUUUGUGGGAGCUGCUAAGACCAGGUCACGGGGGGCUGUGGUACCCAUCAGGGUCAGCGUGGCAUCCCGGACGGGUGCGCUGGGAUGGCGGUGGGACACCGGAGGGAAGACAUCCUUAAUCAAACAAAUGCCCCUUCUGUAUGCUGGGCUUUCCCUCCCAGCAGCCCGUGAGGUGCUAUGAGGUGCUGUUAUUAUUCCUGGUAUUCACAAGAGGAACUGAGCACAGAAAGGUUAAAGACGCUUGCCCAAGGUCACCCAGGGAAGAAGUGGCAGAACCGAGUCGAGAACCCACCACACUCCAGGACCGCCCCCCCCAAGCUGCUGCACUCAGGCCUGCACUGUCCCUGCCGUCUGGGGGCCACCGCUGUGCACGUGGCUGAGUCUAGGCACCACCCCCCACUCUGGCAGGAGCACGCCCAGCAGCUCCCCAUUUCUCCGUAAGCGGCUGCAGCUCCUGCCCCCAAGCCGGCCCCCACCUGAGCCUGAGCUGGGCACCAUGGUGGAGAAGGGGUCAGAUAGCUCCUCGGAGAAGGGUGGGGUGCCCGGGACCCCCAGCACCCAGAGCCUAGGCAGCCGGAACUUCAUCCGCAACAGCAAGAAGAUGCAGAGCUGGUACAGUAUGCUGAGCCCCACCUACAAACAGCGCAACGAGGACUUCCGGAAACUGUUCAGCAAACUCCCUGAAGCUGAGCGCCUCAUUGUGGAUUACUCCUGCGCCCUGCAGCGGGAGAUCCUCCUUCAAGGCCGACUCUAUCUCUCCGAGAACUGGAUCUGCUUCUACAGCAACAUCUUCCGCUGGGAGACAACGAUUUCCAUCCAGCUGAAGGAGGUGACGUGUUUGAAGAAGGAAAAGACAGCCAAGCUGAUCCCCAACGCCAUCCAGAUCUGCACAGAAAGUGAGAAGCAUUUCUUCACCUCCUUCGGGGCCCGGGACCGCUGUUUCCUCCUCAUCUUCCGCCUCUGGCAGAAUGCACUGCUUGAAAAGACGCUGAGUCCCCGCGAGCUCUGGCACCUGGUGCAUCAGUGCUACGGCUCCGAGCUGGGCCUCACCAGCGAGGACGAGGACUACGUCUGCCCCGUGCAGCUGAACGGCCUAGGGAGCCCCAAGGAGGUGGGAGAUGUGAUCGCCCUGAGUGACAUCACCCCCUCGGGGGCAGCCGACCACAGCCAGGAGCCGAGCCCAGUGGGUUCUCGCCGCGGCCGCAUCACCCCCAACCUUUCCCGGGCCAGCAGUGAUGCGGACCCUGGGGCAGAGGAGGACAAGGAGGAGCAGACAGACAAGCAGCUGGAUGCCUCUUCCAGCCAGACGGUGACCCCGGUGGCUGCACCCCCAAGCACAGAGCCCACCCAGCCUGACGGGCCCACCCCCCUGGGCCCCUUGGACCUGCUGCCCAGCGAGGAGCUGUUGACAGAUACGAGUAACUCCUCCUCAUCCACGGGGGAGGAAGCUGACCUGGCCGCCCUGCUUCCUGACCUCUCCGGCCGCCUCCUCAUCAACUCCGUCUUCCACGUGGGCGCUGAGCGGCUCCAGCAGAUGCUCUUCUCGGACUCGCCCUUUCUGCAGGGCUUCCUGCAGCAGUGCAAGUUCACAGACGUGACCUUGAGCCCCUGGAGCGGGGACAGCAAGUGCCACCAGCGCCGAGUGCUGACUUACACCAUUCCCAUCAGCAACCCGCUGGGCCCCAAGAGCGCGUCGGUGGUGGAGACGCAGACGCUGUUCCGGCGCGGCCCGCAGGCGGGCGGGUGCGUGGUGGACUCGGAGGUGCUGACGCAGGGCAUCCCGUACCAGGACUACUUCUACACCGCCCAUCGCUACUGCAUCCUGGGCCUGGCCCGGAACAAGGCCCGUCUCCGAGUGUCCUCUGAGAUCCGCUACCGAAAGCAGCCGUGGAGCCUGGUGAAGUCUCUCAUUGAGAGGAACUCGUGGAGCGGCAUUGAGGACUAUUUCCACCACCUGGAGCGAGAGCUUGCCAAGGCCGAGAAGCUGUCUCUGGAGGACGGCGGGAAGGACACUCGGGGAUUGCUCUCAGGCCUGCGGAGGCGGAAGCGGCCCCUGAGCUGGAGGGCUCACGGCGAUGGGCCCCAGCACCCGGAACCCGACCCCUGCUCCCGGGCUGGCAUGCACGCCUCAGGCUCCCUCAGCUCCCGCUUCUCAGAACCGUCCAUGGACCAGGGCCCCGGGGCAGGCAUCCCCAGUGCCCUGGUUCUCAUCAGCAUCGUGAUAUGUGUGAGCCUCAUCGUCCUCAUCGCCCUCAACGUCCUCCUCUUUUACCGCCUCUGGUCCCUGGAGAGGACGGCCCACACCUUCGAGUCCUGGCACAGUCUGGCCCUGGCCAAGGGCAAGUUCCCCCAGACGGCCACGGAGUGGGCCGAGAUCCUGGCCCUGCAGAAGCAGUUUCACAGCGUCGAGGUGCACAGAUGGAGGCAGAUCCUGCGGGCUUCCGUGGAGCUCCUGGAUGAGAUGAAGUUCUCCCUGGAAAAGCUGCACCAAGGCAUCGCCGUCUCAGACCCUCCCUUCGACUCCCAGCCGCAGCCCGAUGACAGCUUCUCCUGAAGACCCCCGGUCACACGGCCAUGCCCCCAAACAGACAGAUGGACACACAGAACCUCGGCGACCACUGCUGGCACAGUGGGAGCGCCGGGAGCCUCCCGCCUGCUCUUCUCAGCCGCCAGGGCCGUGCAGAUGUGGGGACCACAGAGGCGAGAUGCACUUUAGGCCAGCGUGUGCACGUCCAGCCGCCACCGCCUGCCCAGCCAGGGAGCUGGCCUGGCCCUCAGCAGGCCCUGCCACUAACUUAUUUUGCCCAGCCGGGGUUGUGGGGGUGCCUCCUGGGGCACACGAUUCCCUCAGCUCUGAGUUUAAUGUAUUAUAUUUAUUGGGGGCUGACAGAGCCCCAAUAAAGUGUCGGAAAUA